GAAAUGCUUUACUAUAAGCUAACAUUUAUUUUGCUUCUACAGUUAUUAAUUUCCAUAUCUGCCGAAUCUUCCGAUAGCAACAAUGAUGGUUCCUGUCCUAAAGAAAAGAUUUUUGAUAGUAAUGCAAAAGAGGGUGUAAUUAAAAGCCCUGGAUACUCCACCGAAGGCAGUGAUUUACUUGAUUGUAAAUGGAACAUUUUACCGUCAGAAAAUACCUUUAUUCAUUUUGAAUUUGAACGAUUUAAUUAUUAUUUUGGCCUAGCAGAAAAUGAAUUUGAAAGCUUGUAUAUUUAUCUAACAAGAUGGAAUGGUUCGGAGUUAAUUAAGGAGAAACCGGAAAGCAUCAGCGUUGAAAAUAUUUUAUCUGUGCAAAUAGCGGAAAUUUGGUCUGAAUCCGAAAUUAACAGCGGAAUUUUUAUCCAUUUUGUUACAAACAGCACUCAUAAUCAUAGUGAAUUUGAAAUAAGAUUUAUUCGAAAAUUUGGAGAUAAUACUUAUCAGCCAUGCCCACAACCUUUUUAUUUUGCAUCCAAUUCUCCUCAAUAUCUUCCAAUAUUACCUCUAAAAUACAAACAGACAUGCCUCUUCUCUAUAAAUUCAACACAACCAAUAAAACUUAAAAUCAACCGUGACAACAAAACAAAGUUUGGAGUUAAGGUUUUUGAAAAUGGCAGUUCUUCUGAUCUAAAUGAGAAAGAUCAAAAAGGACAAUUGUUGGCAAAUAUUGAAGGCGCGAGUUCUCCUUUUCAAUCAUCUAAAUUUCCUUUAAUUAUAACAAGUAGAAAAUCUGUGAGUGUAAUAAUUAGCUCAUCUGAUCAAGAACAUAGUAAAGUUCCUUAUACAAUUGAAUAUGUCGCUGUUGAACCUUGUCAAUGCUUUCCAAAUAAUUUGACGGUCACUCGAGAUCAGCCAUUAAAUUUACUCUCACAAGGCUUUCCGUCAGGAUAUUGUGGCAGUCUUAAUUGUUUAACACAAAUUUCUUUAGAAAAUCCACUCAAUACAAGCGACUAUGUGGAAUCUAUACAAAUUCAAUUAAAUUCUUUCCAGACUGAUUCCAAUACGGAGCCAUUAAGUUUACAAAUACCUGUUGGUGAUCUAAAUAAAGAGCUUAUAUCGUAAGCUUUUAUGAUGACUUUUGGACUUUGACUUUUUGACCUUGACUUUUUGACCGUUAUUAUUAGAAUAGAGCUGAUAUUAAGGGAUUUAUAGUGAUUGAUUUGGAUUUAAAAGGAUAACGGCCAUAUCAGAGGAUUUGGAUGGUCAUUGGGGGAUUAUGGAGAUCUGGAUGGAUUAAAAGGAUAUAAGGGGAUUUGGAGGAAAUAAGGGAAUUUGGAGUGGAUGUAAGUGGAUUUGGAGUGGGUAUAAAGGAAUUUAGAGGAUAUAAGGGGAUUUUGAGGAGAUAAGGGGAUUUGGGAGUGGAUAUAAGGAGAUUUGGUGGAUAUAAGGGAUCUUGGAGUGGAUAUAGGGAGGUUUGGAGGAUAGAAGGAUUUGGAAACAAGAAGAUAUAAGGGGAUUUGAAGUGUUAAUACGUAAAGAAUCUCGAAUUCAUUCAUAUAACUAUUAAAGCAUAUACUACUAAAAAUUAUUUAUUUAGUUUUGGAGGUGAUGCACAAAAAAUAAAAUUUUUUACUUUCGAUUUACCAAAAUUUAUUUUAAAAUUUACUACUAAAACUGUACAAAAUGUUGCAGGAUUUAAUUUUACAAUUAAACGUAUUAAAAAAGAUAAGGGUAAAAAAUAUUUAAAAUGUCAAG